CCGUGGGGGGCCGCAAGAUCUUGAGAUGGCAGCCGAGCGGCCGGACCCGGUACGACCUCAGGCUGAGGAGGUGAUCACGGUCGGAGACGAUACCCCUCCAUGUACCCCAGUCCCAGAGCCAGCACAACAGUCCUGGCCAGAGGGGGUUCCUGAGCUAGACAGUAGGAGGUCCCAGAGCUUCCCCCUGAGACCGCCGCUACACCUGAGCAAGAGACGGAAAUGGAGGAUCAGGGGGCGCAUGAGAGAGCGAGGGUGGAGGUACUCCCUGACUUGCCUUUGGCCACGCAUGCGACCGAGAGCCCAGUUAUCAGGGGACCUGCUCUAGCGGAGCCAUCGCCAGCAUUGCCAUGCACGAGCGAGAGGGUGGGUGCCGAGGCGUCGACUCCGGAAGGCCAGAGGCCGCAAGUGAGAGGAGCCUCAAGAGAAACCCGCGAGGAGAAGUCCGCCAGAGUGCGAGUCCGUCUAGAUGAAAUACACACGAGGCAGGCUGAGAUGGAGGCGGCAGGGAUAGAGCCGACGCCGCCAAUCGAUCCCAAAACGAGCGAACAGCGGAUCGACGAGUUGUGGGCGAGGUACGAGGGCCAGAGGGACGCGGCCCGACAGAGGUCACGAGGGACGGGACAGGCGGAUAAGGAGGCGGGUGAGCUGAGGGAGAUGGGGGACUUGGGGUUCUCCGCGACUAGGAUGGCGAUUGAGCGUGUUGAUAAGAGGAUAUGUGAGUCGACAGUUAUAUCCUUCCAGUGGUAUAGUCUACUCAGCGAUGAGCUCAGGGUCAGAAAAUUGGAGGUGGAGCACCUAACUGCCCAACUUGCGGAAGAGAGAGCGAGGAGCCAGGCCAAAGAGGUUGAGUGGGAGAGGCAGUUUGGGGAGAUGGUGGCCAUUGUGGAUAGGCUUUCGGCAGCCUGGGAGGCUAGUCAGACAGGACGAGCCGGUGCCGAUGGCCGGGGCCGAGGGGUGCAGGCUUCGCCGAGUCGGGGAGCAGCGGUGGAGGCCCCUCGACAGGCCAGGCCAAUGGGGGAGGUGCCUCCGAGUUCAGCUGAGGAAGGGGAGGGGGCCCAAGAGUCACUUAUGGCGAUGUCCACAGAGAGACGAGGCUCGCGUUUGCAUGAGCUGGCAGCAACCAUGGGGAUAGGUACUCCGCAGGAGAGGCCUCAGAGGCUUUACGCUCCAGACUACGCCCGAGAGCUGGAAGAGUUAAGGGCGGGGUUGGGCUCCUGGGCCACAGGGACGGACUCAGGAGGGCCUGACUCAGGGCAGCAACAGCAACAGGAGGUCAUGAGCGAGCCAGCCGCCGUGGCGGGCUCUCAGCUGCCAGGAUCAUGUAGGGAUAUGGUUGCGACGGAGAGGCCUCACGAAGAGGGGCCCCGAGAGUCAAGCACGCCAGAGUGCGGGCCGAUGGGCGCAACCAUACAAGGAGGGGAGGAUGCUGAGGCUAUGGAGUUCGAACCUCGGGAACAUAUGGGGGUACCAUUGUGUCAUGAGGUGACCACCGAGACCAUGGGGACGCCUUCAGCAUCAAGUUCCCGAGGGAGAGAGAAGAAGACUGCCAGGUGGCACAACACCUCCUGCUUUUGGUGCAAGAAGGAAGGGCAUAGAGUCGUGGACUGCCCAGAGCUCCUCGAGGAUAAGGCCGAGGGGCGGGUCGCAGGACAUAACCAGGGCAUAGUGGAGCGAGCUCCAAGUGGGGGCAGGGCCCAGUUAUACAGGCAGAACCAGGAGGAGUUGUGUGAGUAGGGGCUGGUCUGUCUAUGUGCCAAUAGGGCCAGAGUAUUUUGCGCA